AAUAUUUUAUGUAACUUCUACAACAUAAACUUUGCUAGUCUUUUUGUGAUUUAUUAUAAACUGUUUAGUUUGGAUUUUUUACAUGAAUGAAAUAAAAAAUGGAUAAAAAUUAUAUCGUUGUCUUGAUUGUUUUCGUCAUAACUUGUGAACAACAGAUGGCACUUGAAACAUGCAAUGAGAUUACGCCGGACAAUACCGGGCCUAAAACCUGUACUAACUAUGAUAACUGCUAUUCUUUGGGUGGCAUAUAUUGGUACACAGCAACAUUUUGGGGAGGGUACAUGGAACUGGCGUGGAAAGAAAGCACGAUAUCACUUUGUUCAAAAUAUUACACAGACCGGGACUUUCUGUUUCUGACGCACAAGCCGCCUGUCGUUGAAGACUUAAAUGAAACAGUGUUGUCUGUAGAAGCAUGCAUCAGGAACCAGAAUGAUCUGUGUAAAGAAAAGGUUGACGUUUAUAUGAGGAAUUGCGGGGGUGAUAUUCUUGUCAGAUUUCCAUGGGUAGACGCCAUAAGAAGUAUAGUCUACAUUUGUAACGAGUAUGUCUUCACGGGAGCUUGUAAUGACCCCACCAUGGAAUUUACUGCAAAAACGGUUAGUGAAACUGUAACAGAAAUCUCACUGAGUGGAACAGGGUGGUUCAAUACUUUCAAAGCCGGAAGUCAGUACACGUAUAUGUUUCCUUCCACCGAAGACACAGAAACGAUUUUUGAUGCCUGUCCAGAUUUUGCCGUUCAUUUUGUUCUUCGAGACCGAGUACCCGAAUCCAUUGGAGAAAUGCCUGUAAAACUGACACUGUGCCAAGUUACCCGUGUACUCCAAGAAACCGGUUGGCAUUACAUUAGCCAGUGUAACUAUUUUAUUCAUAUGCGGAGGUGCAAUGGAAAGCUUCAGUUUGAAACGACGUGGACAAAUGUCAUGAAACUGUGUCUAAUGUUGUUGAACAAUGUCAAGGUGAUACCAGAAAUAAAGCAUACCACGCAAUACGUUGAUUCAGGCGGUAAUACAACAACGGUGUACAGCCCGUCCUUGCAGUUCAGAUGUUCUUUUGAAAUGAAUGAUGAUGCUUUAUAUAAAAUAAAGUGGUAUAUCAAUGACACCAUGUACGUCGAGACAGAACCUUCAAAUUUAUCUGAAGAUCUUGUUUUAAAAAGUGGCGAUAUAAACAAUAUGGAGCUUGGCUACAAGAUAAAAUGUGGGGUCAUAAAAAUGACAAUGGAAGAUUCUUCCGAAUUAUCAAGCUUCAACUUCUUUGCUGGAUGGAAGAUUUCAGAUAUGGGUGUAAAAGUCACAAAGGGUGGUUCCGUCACUGUUACUGUAGAACAGACAGUCCCAAUCGGUUGUGCUUAUACCGCCGGUGAACAAACACAUUGCGCUGAAGAAUUAUCAAUAGUAGACCCAUCCUUUAUGCCGGAUAUAUGCAAGGGGAGCAUUCUGGCAGUAAAUGCAGACAACACAAGUAAAAGUAACCACCAAGUUCAGACCAUAAAGCAAGAUACAGAGUGGAACAGAAGCGAAAGGUAUCGUUUCAAACUUUCAACAUCGGAUGUUAAUUACGAUGAUGCCACAGGAUAUGAUUUACAAGUUCGUCUUACAGACGGGGCAGAUUAUCGCUCUCGGCGGGAUUUGAAGUCUAAAACAAAGGUGAUAGACACAUUGCACGUGGACGUUACAGACGCAUGGCGACAUUUGAACAAGCUAUGUUAUUCCCAUGUAGACCCCCAUAUGCGAACAGCUGAUGGAAGAAACUAUGAACAACAGCGAGAAGGUGAUUAUAUGCUUUUCCGAAACACCGUUCAGCAGAUGGAGAUUCAAGAAUCAGCAAGGUACUGCUUUCCUCCUCGGCGCUCAAAACCUGCACCGCCAGUAUGUGCGUGUGGCAUAGCUAUACGCUUUGGGGCAGAUGUAUUUAUGAUCAACAGAUGUGGCAGGUUAAACCUUCUUGAUUUUGUUCAAUGUGGAGAUGGAGGAAUACUUGAGGUCGAUCGUGUUCAUGACUUUCGCUACAGGGUGAGGGCACCGACAGGAACAGUAAUAGAUAUUACACUUGAAAGAUCGAAAUUCAUGAACAUAGAUGUGUAUAUGUCUCCAAGAGAUUUUGGUAAUGUAGAGGGACUAUGUGGAUACUUUGACGGCAAUGUUGCAAAUGAUUUUGUGCACAGAGAUGGAAGCCGAUCAAAUGGAAAUAACGAUUACAAGUUUUCGGAGAGCUGGAGGUUGUCAGAAGAAGAGAAUCUGUUCAAAAGUUUGAAUCGCGUACUGGAACCAUGGAAUCACAAAAAUGAUGGCCGAACUUGCAGCAGGACCAAUUCCAUAACAAAGAUGAAGUGUAAAGUUAGAAGAAGAUUCAAACGCCAGGACGACGUAAGACGAGAUUUCGAAAGACUCUUUCCUCUUAUGUCAACCCAAGAAUCGACAAGAUCAAAGGUAUGGCAGUUAUGUCCUAUUACAAUACACGUUUCCUGAUCAAAAUAAAUGGAAAAUGUAUAUGUGUUUCCAUGAAAAUUGUAUUUGCGUCUAAUUGCUUGGGUUUAAUUUGCUGCUCCUUGGUUAUAAAUAUUAGCAAACAUUUGGAAAAAGACUGUAUGCUACAGCUGUCGCAAAGAUAAUCGUAUUAAUUCUACAUUAAAUGAGAGGAUUGACUUUUGAUAUUUACUUGAAUAUGUAUAUCAGUCUCUUACUUUGUUUGAUAAAUUACAUGCUUAUUUUAAGUAAUAGUCACCCCGUUCUGUCAACAGUAACAGAUGAAAACUCUCUUUACUAUCACCGUUAAGUAAGAGGUUAAUGUACGAAUCAGUUGUGCCUUCUUGUCACCAUGACAAACUUUAUGAGAUAAUUGCCCGCAGGACAUCAUAAAGCUAUGUGUACUGCACACAUCAGCCGUUUACUGACCCUUUUUUCGUUUUCUUUAUUUUUGUUUUGAUUUUCAUAUACUGUGAAUGAGCGGAUUAUAUUUUGAAAAUUGUUUAAUUUCCAGAUAUACACAAGCUCUGUGUUAGCACUGUGUCAUGGUUUAUUGGUCCAUGUUUUGUGAGAAAAUUAUGAAAUUUAAAAUAAUUAAAUUGCAAUAACUCUGCAGUAACUGAAGGCAUCCUAAUGACAGAUGUGCAUGCACCAUCGUCCUAAAUUGAUAUAUAUUUGUGUAAAAUUUCGUGAGGGUCCAUCAGUAUAUUACCUUGUUAUGUGGGAGUUUACAAUUUGUCAAACAAUUAAAGGGCAAUGAUACUGGUUGCUGAAGAGAUGCGUGUGCACCACUGCCCUAUAAUGAUCUACAUUUGUGUACAGUUUCAUAAAGAUCCAUCAAGAGGUUAUUAAGAUAAGUCUAAACUCCCUAUUUUUACCGGAUCCAGGGAAAAAAUUCCCUUUUUUACUGGAUCAAGGGGGACAAUACUAAACUUGAGCAAAUGGUCAUAUGCUAAUUAAUAAUAAAGUUAGGUUUUUUUUAUUCUAGCUUAAAACCCUUUUGAAUUAAAAUCAUUUUCAUUUUUUACUAAAUCAAGAUCAAAAACUCUGCUUUUACUAGGGCAUUGGAGAUAAUGGCUCAUGUGAAAAAGUGUCUUGUUCUAAUAAAAGAAUAUGCGAGAUUUUGUGAUUCUAGCUAAAAUACUUAUUGAAUUACUUGUAUAAUCACUUUAAAUGUUAUUUUUCCAAAGCAACCUUUUAUUAUCCGUGAAAUUUGGCUAUCUUACAUGUUACGUA